UGUCGCCCUGUUGAUGAUGUCAGCGACGCGGUUUAAUCGGGCGCGGCUUAGUCGAGCGCGGUUUUGUCGUGCCAUGCUCCGCAGGUAGGUCCCAAACCCUCCUCCCGCCCCAAGGCCUUUCCCACCAGCAGGGCUGGGAGUGGCCGGGACGGGGACUGCUGUCCGGGUGCCAGUUGUGGUCCAGAGGCAUCUGGCCCUGCCACCCUCGCCUCGCCUGCAGGUGACUUGUGCUCCCCCCUCCCUCCCUCCCUCCCUCCCUCCCUCCCCAGCAGGCUCUCCCUGGGCAGCCUGGAAAUAAAUCUCUCCUGGUGUGGAAGGAGGAAUAUAAAUAUCCCGGAGUGAUGUGAUCUUUCCAGCUGCUAUUAAUAGGCCCCCAGAGGCUUAGCCGCCCCACGUGACGACGGAGAGUUAAAGAGACGGUGUCAGAAAGGAGCCCCCCCCUCAGGGCUGGAGCACCUGCUGGCCAGAGACAGCUGCAGGUCAAGGGACGGGCUAGGGCCCCUCCCCACCUUGACCCUGAAAGUGGUGCUCCUAGGUAGGGCUGGAGAGGAUCCAGAGCCCCCCACAGGCCUUGAGAGUGACCUCUUCUCAACCCCAUUUGAGGGGGGGGGGGGGCUUCUCCCUCCCCUGUCCUGAAACUCCUCCAUUCAGCCUUUGGAUUUGCUCGGCCUCUUCCCAAUCAUCUGUUAAUGGCCAUUUCCCCAAAAUGCUACCAGGGACGCUCGGCCCCAUCAGCCACUCUGAGGCACAGUGUCCAUUGUUACGUUGCACUAGAGGGGCUGAACUCCACACAGAACUGGGUAGGCUCCUCUGGCACAUCAUAUAUUUGCAUGGAAGGAUGGCGGCAGGGCCUGCAAAUUCCGGUUCGUUUCCAGUGAUUCCCAAGGUGGAAUUGGCAUGUUUUUUAGCAACUGGACAAUAGGGGUGUGUUUUCAUUCAGUUGAUACCGAAAGUUCCUUUCCUCGUCAGUCCCAACCAGGAAUACCUAGUUAUGUUUUCUUUUGCUCUUUAGUAGUGGACUCCAGCGGUUUGGAGAGCGGCUUCUUUGUUGCCUUAAGCAUGCAAAAUGAUUUUGGAUUGUAAGCAGAUUUCUUAGUGCUGAGCCCAAACUCCACUUAGGAAGAUGUUGGUCCCAGCUCUUCUCCUUAGGGCUUUUCAUCUUUGUCUGCUGGAAGAAUUGUUGGUUUUCUCUUAACUCAUAAUGAAGUUACUGUUUAUCCCGGGACAGAUGAAACUUUAUCCCGGGACAGAUGAAACAGCCUCUGUCCAAAAAUCUGAUGGACUUUGAAAAAUUAAUCAGACUUACUUCGGCAAAAGCCAUACUGAUUCUCCAAUACGUCUGAACAUGUUUAAUCCUGCCUCCCCCCCCCCCACAAACACACAGUUUCUCCCCCCCCCCAAUUGGAGCAAUCUGCCUUGGCCAGUUCCACAACACGGUUAUCUUUGGAGGGGAACAUCUGGAGAGGGCAACUUUUGGAGCGGAUCCCUUGCCAGGUUCAGCCAAACAGAGCCUCCUUCCGGUCUAAACAUCUCCUCCUCUCAUGCAGGGCUGGGCCAGGAAGGGGUGCCAAACAGGGGUGGGUUGCUCCUCUCGGUUCGGCCCAAAUCGGGCGAAUCAGUAGUGGCAACGGCGGGAGACUCCGCCCACUCACCCGGAAGCUUCUGCACAUGCGCAGAGGCGUCGCGCAGGAGCAAACUGGUAGGGGAAAAAAUGGAAACCCACCACCGGUGCCAAAUUGCAGACUCCCAGAGGCAGCGGGGGGAAGUCUUGGGCCGGGAGGUUGAGGGCUUGUGGGGAGUGAGGAUUGCGAGGUUUGCCGGAGGUCUCGGGGACACCUCGGCACAAAGUGGGUGUCCUGAGCCGUAGGAGCCGUAGCAUCUGCCCUGGCUGCUUCUUAGCCCCCCUCAUGAUUGUUUUUGUGCCCCUCUCUCUCUCCCCCUGCCCACCCAGGAGGCGUUUGGCCCGACUGGAAGUGCCAGUGGUGGUGGACCCAGAGACGAGGGGCUUCCUCCAGUGUCGCUGCCAGAAACCUCAGCCAGUCAAAUGCACCCUGACAGUAAAUUGGCCAGCCAUGGAAAGACAGGGCAAAGUCAGGCGGGAACGCAGCGUCUCCAUGGAUUCGGGAGAGCGGCGGGAAGCGAGUGCCACCCCACUGGACAAGGAGCUGAAAGGCGAGACGGUCCCUCGGAGCAAGAGGCGCUGCGUGCUGGAGAGGAAGCAGCCCUACAGCGGGGACGAGUGGUGCUCUGGGCCGGAGAGCGAGGAUGACGACAAGUCCCUGGGCAGCAGCCACAAUUGCCACGUAGCCGAGUCGGCCAUGAGCGGAAGUGCGCAGCUGGGCCCAGGAUCCAACCCUUUGCCGGCCCUGAGCGAGAGCAAUACGCCUGGCGUCCCUCACAGCACGGCCCCCAGCCUGCGCUCAGACGCUGGAGGAAAGCAGGGCCUGCAGCUGGUCUACGUCUUCACCACGCACCUGGCCAACACGGCUGCGGAGGCUGUCCUUCAGGGCCAGGCGGACUCCAUUCUUGGCUACCAUCAGCAGCAUGUGCCCCGGGCAAAGUUGGACCAGCCGGCCCCUCUCCCGAAGAUGCCGGGCGCCGUUGAGCCCCUGCCGCUCCACUUGUCUCCUGCCAAUACGCCUCAGGGACCGCCGGCCCUGCCCCCAAGCAGCCAGCCCCCGGGACAGCAGGCAGGAGGGCCCCCCCUGGGGCUCGGCCAAGGGCCUCUCUCUUCCAGCAACGCCCUCCCGCCAGAGGGUGCCCCCGAGGAGUCUUGCCAAGACCUGACGCCCAACUCGAUGGGAAACGGCAGCAACAGCAGCAGCUCCGCGGCCCCCAGCAGCACCCACCCCAGCACCCCCACCACGCUCGGCUCCCUGCAGGCCAGCACUGCAGAGGGCCUGUUGGGGGAGGGGGCCAGCACGGGACCCCCUGCGGCAGGAAAUGGCCCUCGCAACCCCCUCAACACCGAAGGCCUCUCCAAGGAGCAGCUAGAGCACCGGGAACGCUCACUACAGACUCUGCGGGACAUCGAGCGCCUGCUCCUGCGUGGCAGCGAGGCUGAGCCCUUCCUCAAGGGCGGGCCAGGCCCCGGUGAAGGCACCAUCCUGCCCACCCAGGCUGCAGCCCCUCAGCCUCCCCAGGCUGCUCUCUCCGGGGCGGGGGUGAAGAAGUAUGAAGAGCCGCUGCAGUCCAUGAUUUCGCAGACGCAGAGCCUGGGGGGCCCAGGCCUGGAGCAGGAGGGGCCAUUGCCCCCGGGGGUGGACCUGAGCCAGCCAAUGAACAUGGUGCUGCAGCGCCUCGGCCAGGACAGCCUGACCCCCGAGCAGGUGGCCUGGCGCAAGCUGCAGGAGGAGUACUACGAGGAGAAGCGUCGUAAGGAGGAGCAAGCCGGACUGCAUGGCGGGCGGCCACUCCAGGAAGUGAUGCUGGCCCAGCCCCUGGGAGGCGUGAUGCUUCGGGGGCCCCCGCCACCCUACCACAGCCGGCCCGGGGAGCAGUGGUUGCUGCGGGGGGCAUCCCUGGACAUUCAGGAGCAGCUGCGGCCCACCUUCUCUGGCCCCCGCGGCUUCCCGGGCGGCCAUGUCCAGAGGGGCUUUGCCACGAUGCCCCUGGAGUCCCUUGGCCCGGGUGGCGGUGGGCCCCGCCCCAUACAGCCCGGCCUACCGUGGGGUGAAGACCUGCCUCUCAGGGGUCCAGGACACUUUGCGCCUGGGGGCCUCUCGUACCCCCCAGUGCAGGGCGAGGCGGAGCGCUUCCUGCCAUCCCGCGCCCGUGAGGACCUGCUGCGUCACCCCCUACUGGAGAAGCGCCCGGGGUCUCUGGGGCUGGAGAUGGAGCGUGUAUUGCCGACCCACCGGCAGGUGGAGCCUGGCCUGUUUGCCGGGGAAGGCCUGGGCUUGGAGUUCGGGGGGGGCCGGGCCCUGAUGAGCCCCCCACCCCCGCUGCAGGAGGUGGAGACGAGCCCCUUGGCCACACCCACCAACCUGAACAUGAACGUCAACAUGAACAUGAACCUGAGCGUGCAGAUGACGCCCCAGCAGCAGCAGCAGCAGCAGCAACAGAUGCUGCUGGCCCAGAAGGCCCGGGGGGCAGAACUGAUGUCCCACGAGGAAAUGGCCAGGGGACGUGCCCCAAAUGGCACCGGGGCCCUGAUGGGGGGCCCCCCGAAGAUGCUGAUGGGGUCGCCCUUCCCAGGCCAGGGGCAGCAGCAGGGCUUCUCCGGGCAGGGUCCCUACCCCCCUGUGCUGCAAGAGAUGGGCGGCACGCCUGAUAUGUUUGGCCCGGAGCAGGGCGGCAUGGCCGGCACCCCACGGCUCAGCCACGUUCCCCUGCCACCCAGCACCAGUGCCUCGGCCACCAACAUGCACGCAGCUCCCAUCCGGGGCCUGGGCCGCCGCCCCUCGGACCUGGCCCUCAACAUGGGGCCGAUGAACUCUCCCAACGUGGGCCGCCUGAAGUCUCCCACCCUCAGCCAAGCACAUUCCCCCCUGGGCACGUCCCCUUCGGCCAACCUCAAGUCGCCUCAGACCCCUUCUGCCCUGGCCAGCCUGCCAGCCGCCAGCAGUGCCCCCCUCAAGUCCCCGCAGGUGCUGGGCUCCGUGCUCAAUGUCCGCUCCCCAACUAGUUCGCCCGGCCACCUCAAAUCGCCCUCCAUGGCCGUUUCUUCCCCAGGAUGGGCGCCCUCCCCCAAGGCCAGCCUCGCCAGCCCAGGAAAGCCAGCCCUGGGAAUGAGCAACUCCGCCCCCUUGGGCCACCUGGAGCAAGGCGCUGUGCCCUCUGGGUCUCGGAGCAGCUCCUCUGCCCCGCCUGGCAGCGUCUCUGGCCCCCUGAACCCCAGCCUGCCUUUUCCUUCCUCUCCAGAUCCACCCCCAUCCCAGAACCCUUUGUCCCUCAUGAUGUCCCAGAUGUCCAAAUACGCCAUGCCCAGCUCCACGCCACUCUACCACAAUGCCAUCAAGACCAUUGCCACCUCGGAUGACGAACUGCUCCCGGACCGGCCCCUGCUGCCGUCUGGGGCUAUGUCUGGCAUGGGUGGAAACCAGCCCAAUCCAAUGCACGUGAACUCUGUGGGGCCAGCCCCUGUGCCGAGCCCUCUGGGCCUGAACCUCGCUGGACAGCAGCUGCUCUCCCAGGAAGUGGCAGCCCCCCCGAUGUCUUCGCCCAGCCCCCUGGGGACCGGCCUCCCCAUGCACAGCGGCGCUCCUGUGCAGAACCCAAUGAUGCCCCCCGGGCCCCCCGAUGCCCUGGGCCAGCCCUGCGGCCCUUCUGGCCAGCUGGUAUUCGCACCACGUCUGCAGCAGCCCCCCGCCAAUGGCGGCAUUCCAAUGGCCCCAGGAGGGGCGGCCGGACCCGGGCUGCAGCAGCCGCCUCCCCCACAGCAACACCACUACCCGCCUGGCUUGGGAGUCCCUCCAGAGGAGCUGCCCCCCCAGCAGGUGCCCCCGCAGCAGCGCCUGGCCGGGCGGCUGCCGGAGCCCUACCCCUCUGUGGCCUCCGUGCUGAGCGACCCAGAGCUGAGCGACGUGAUCCGCCCCACACCAACGGGCAUUCCCGAGUUCGACCUCUCCCGCAUCAUCCCUUCCGAGAAGCCCAGCAGCACGCUGCAGUACUUCCCCAAGGGGGGGGAGGGCCAGGGGGUCAAGGGCCUGCCCCCCUCCAACCUGCACCUGGCGAGCCUGCAGAACAUGAUGGUGGAACAGGGCCAGGCCCGGCCCGGCCCACAAACGAUGCCGCGAGGAAUGACCCUGUGCCACCCUGGACAGAUGCCCGUGCUGGGCAGGACAGGCCUGCCCCCCCAGCAGAGCCUGGUGGGCAACAGCCUGCCCCAAGGGCUGAUGCUGCCCCAGCAGAGCCUCCUAGCCCAGCAGAACUUCCUGCUCAUGCAGGCCAAGCAACGCAGCAUUUCCGUCUCCGGAGAGAUGUACGGGCAGCCAGCGGGGCACCUGAUCUCCCCCCAGGGCCCCCUUAUGGGCCCCCCGUCCCAGCAGAACCUCAUGGUCUCCAUGCGCCAGCGCAGCGUCUCCUUGGACGGCCAGAUGAGCUACGGCCCCGGAGCCGGCAGCAUGGCCAACCUGCCCUUCUAAGGCCCGUCCCGCCUUCUCUGCUUGACUUCUGGAAGGAGGAAUUGGGAAUUGGUGUCGGUAGGUCUGGGGGAGCAACGGCCGCCCAGCCUUCUCUGGGCCGGAGGAGACCGAGGAAAAGGUGGAAGCCCUCCUCCACCAGCUACCCUGGCGCCAGAUGGAAGACCCACCCAGCAGCUGCCUGCAACCGGGUGGAGUCCGUGGGCCAGCUGCCCACAGGGCUGGACACUCCAGGCUAAUGCUGGGACAGGGCCUGAGGUGACGUUUGCACCCCGCCCCCUUAGCUCUCCUCACAGGACGCCACGAGAGUGGAUGGGCCCUUUCCCCCGGGCCGUGAAGGGAUCGUGGCCGGGGCAGGAAAAGGGUGGGGGGGCUUCCCAGACUGUCGGGCAUUGCCCCUCCAGUGGCCUUCUGCUUGUUUUCCCACGGGGGAGGGGGGCAGACGGGGUGAGCUCUUCCCUUUGCUUCCAUGCCUCCUGGCGCGCUCUGCCGGGUCCCUUGCUGCAGAAUGGCCACGGGACGGCUCCACGGCCCAAUUCCACCUCCUGGGCUUGUAGUGGGAUACCCUGAGGAGGAGAGGAGGUUUGGGGAUCGAAGGUCGAAAUAGUCUCCUGUUGAAAAAAGAUGGCUUCCAUUUGGCCGCAGUUCCCCACAAGGAACGAAGAGAAGCCAAGCAGCUGCCCUCUGGCAUGGGCAGGGGCUGAGGGGGGCUUGUAGGGAGACGGGCGCGAGAGGGCAGGCCCCGUAGCCCCCCUUGGGAAAGGCUCGCCUGCCCCUCGUGUCUCUGUGGAGGGGAGGGGGUUCAUCCCCUGCCUCUGUCUAGAACGAGGCAGUGGACGGAGCAGGUCAGGGAGGCCCUUUCUCUGGGCCUGCCCAGGGGUUGAGGAGCACCCGAGGCUGGGGCUCAGGGUGGGGGCUGGGUCUUGCAGGCCCCUCCUGGCAGGUGCACCUGGCACUGCCAAGCUGGGGCGCCUCUGCACUUUUAAACUCAGCUUCUGCUGAGACCCCCCCUCCCGCCCCCAGCUUUGGCAGUGAAGAUCAGAAGAGGGGGGGGCUGCAGGGGGCCUGCUGGGGACACCAGGAUUAGAAGCCCCCAGGAGGAGCAAGGGGGAGGCUGGUUUCCCAGGGUCUGGCCAGGAGUUUCACCACAACAGCCGCCCCCCAACGCCGCAGAAGGGGCUUCCAGUGACCACCGUCAUGUUCAUCCUUGCUUGGAGCAUUCAUGGGCUCUCCCCCUCCCACCCCCCGCCCCUCCAGCUCUGCCUUGUGCUGUGAAUGUGGUCCAGUCUCGUGUCUCCUGCCUCCCUUCCUGUUUCCCUCCCCAGCUUGAAUCUCCUCUGCUGAGCGCCCCCCCCGCCCCCGCUUCCUUUGCGGUCAGUCAGGAGGAGGUGCUAUCAGGGUGACCCCUGCGGCUCACAGGGGGGGGGGGACACUGGGUGCUCCAUGCCAUUUCCUGUCAGCCAUGCAUUUUGUACCAGUCUAUAAAUAAAUAUAUAUAAAUAAAUAUAAAUAUAAAUAUAUAAAUACAA